CGGCCCCAGCCCGGCAGCGCAGCGAUGGCCGCGGGGCCGCGGCUCGUCCUGCCGGCGCUGCUGCUGGCGCUGCUCUGCCUGCGCGGCCGCGGGCAGGGACCGGGCUUCGGGCAGACGCGCUUCGUCUGCACCUCGGUACCGCUCGACGGGGACAUGUGCGCCGCCUCGGCGCCGGGCGGCGGCUCCGCCGAGGAGCUGCGGAGCACGGUGCUGCAGCUGCGGGAGACGGUGCUGCAGCAGAAGGAGACCAUCAUGAACCAGAAGGACACCAUCCGCGAGCUGACGGCCAAGCUGGGGCGCUGCGAGAGCCAGAGCGUGCUGGAGCCCGGCGACUCCAAGGGCGGCGGGGCGGGCAGGAAAGGCGCCUUCGCCAAGAACACCAUGGGCGACCUGUCCCGGGCUCCGGCCGCGGAGACCCUCAGCCAGCUGGGGCAGACGCUGCAGUCCCUCAAAACCAGGCUGGAGAACCUGGAGCAAUUCAGCAGGAUGAACUCCUCCAGCCAGACCAACAACCUGAAGGACAUCCUGCAGAACAAAAUCGACGACCUGGAGAAGCAGGUGCUGUCCCGGGUGAACAGCUUAGAAGAGGGGAAGUUCAACCCCAAGAACGAGUCCGAGGAGCGCGGCAAGAUCGAGAGCACCCUCACGUCACUGCACCAGCGCAUCAGCGACCUGGAGAAAGGCCAGAAGGACAACCGGCCCCCGGACAGGUUCCAGCUCACCUUCCCGCUGCGCACCAACUACAUGUACGCCAAGGUGAAGAAGAGCCUGCCAGAGAUGUACGCCUUCAGCGUCUGCAUGUGGAUCAAGUCCAGCGCCUCCCCUGGCAUGGGCACCCCCUUUUCUUACGCUGUGCCCGGGCAGGCUAAUGAGCUGGUGUUGAUUGAGUGGGGCAACAACCCCAUGGAGAUCCUCAUCAAUGACAAGGUGGCCAAACUGCCAUUUGUCAUCAACGACGGCAAGUGGCACCACAUCUGUGUCACCUGGACCACACGGGAUGGCGUGUGGGAAGCCUACCAGGAUGGCACACAAACUGGCAACGGCGAGAACUUGGCACCCUACCAUCCCAUCAAGCCCCAGGGUGUCCUGGUCUUGGGCCAGGAGCAGGACACACUGGGCGGUGGAUUCGAUGCCACACAGGCCUUCGUGGGGGAACUGGCCCACUUCAACAUGUGGGACAGGAAGCUGAGCCCUGGGGAGGUGUACAGCCUGGCCACCUGCAGCACCCGUGCGCUCACCGGCAAUGUCAUCGCCUGGGCUGAGGCCAACAUCGACAUCUACGGCGGGGCCACCAAAUGGACUUUUGAGGCCUGUCGCCAGCUCAACUAGGGUCAUGGACAAAUGAGAGAAACCUCCUCAUCGGGUUCUUUUUACCUUUUUUUUUUUCCUCUUUUUUUUUCUUUUUUUUUUUUUUUUUUUGGCUCAAAACCAACUGAGAACGAAGCCACCCCUCUCGUCCUAAGGAGUGGGGAUGCCCGCCCCCAGACCCUCCAGUUUCUGUCUUGCCAACGUCCUUCAAUGCCUGCGUGCCUUGGCCUGGCGCGGCUGCGCCCCGUCCCGCCACCCCCCCUGCUUCGCCACUGCCUUCCCCUGCUGGGGUGGCCCCGCUUUCUCCAGGCACCAGCGCCUUAAACGGCUGCAGGACCUGGUCUGGAAGCCCCCCUUCUGGCUCUUCUCCCUCCAGCCUGAAGACCCCCCUGGGAGGGUGAUGCUCCCGGAGAUGGGGAAGGGUUGCAACACCCCCCUCGCCCCAGUUUCCUAGGGCUCUGAGGAGGGAGGGAAUACACCUCUCCCCAGGUAAAGGACUCCCCUCUUCCCUUGCCCUGCUCCCGAGCACCACAGCCAUAGCCCCGGGCUGCGGUGGGCGGUGGGGCAGCAGAGCGGGACCCCCGCCAGCCCUGCUCCCCGACCUGCCGCACUCAGGUACGUUCCCCCCCUGCCCCGCCGCCUGCAGCCCCCCGAGGCCUCCUAUGCACCGUAGCUGGUGGAAAAAUAGCCUUUACCAUCCCCCUGGAAGUUUAGCUACCACUGAAGAGUCUGAAGCCUUUCUGCUUUUGAUAAUACACUAUGUUGUUUCUCUUACUGUAAAGAGAAGUUUAUUACCAAUUAAAAAGGGUAUUUUUAUGAAGAUAAAAAUAUAGAAUUAAGCAGUGCUCCCUGAGGAAAAAAAAAAAAAAAAAGUACUUUGAGAUUCUGCAGGAAAAAAAAAGAGAUAAAGAAGCGUAUUUUGAAAUAAUAGAUGCAUUUUGUAUGGUUUCCUUUUCUAAACUCCUGGUUUGUACUACAGAUUGCAGCAAUCACCCCCCUAGCCCACUCCCUGCCCCAGGUGGCAGUGGAGGAUGAGGCAGAGAAUUCACACAGGGCUCCAGAGCCUCCCUGACCAACCCCAAUGAUGUGGCAAAGACGUGCGAAGUGGAGGGGCCCGUAGGGAGCCGGGCAAGGCCAAGGCCAUCCAUGGCCAAGGAGCACAGAGCUGGCCAAGCCACCACCGCUGUGGAGAGCCAGCACCCAGCUGAAGAGCAGCAUCACCCUGGCUCGAGAUACCUUCCUACCCAACUGUGGCUCAGGGCAGCAGAUUUUAAACUGUGCUCUUUUUAAAAAGGAGAAAAAAAAAAAAAAAGACCCCAUCGUGAGUUAAUUUCAGUUCCUCCGAAGAACCUGUUCACAGCAGCAAAGCGACAAGCACGACCUGCUGAGAAGAACAAGACCACCGAAAAGGUUUCACCUCCAGUCCCAGGUGCGUCGGGUUUGCCAAAAAUAAAGGGUGUGAUGUCAACACGAUGUAUAUAGUGUACAGUAGGGGAGAGAAUAAAUGUAUCUUAAUUUGUCAUUAUUUUGCUAACCAAAGCUGUACAUUUUUCCUAUGACCUGCUCUCUGUCUCCUUCGGGUUUUGAAUGGGUUACGAUAUUCUAAGCAUCCAGUCCGCAGCAGCAGUUCAGAAAAUGCACUGUUUCUACUGAUACUCAUGCUUUUUCCAUUUUAUUGCCAAGAUUACAUGAAUUGUUGACUUUAUUUUUACACAAUAAAGAGUGAAGAAAGACAGCAGGUUCUCUGAAACGUGUCAGUUCUCU